CUUUCGUGACGAUGGCGAAGACACCAACAAAGAAACGACCACAAUGACUAUUAACACAGUUCAUUCUAUUGUUCUAAGCCACCGGUUUCCUCCACCUUGCGGUUUCCAUUUGUUCGGCCCGGCUUCCCUUGUAGCUAUUAAUACCCAUCCUUUUCCUACUGCACUGCUAUUAUUGUUGUCAUUAUUGUUGGCGAUCGCCCAAAUCUCGCUUCCGCUCCCACUCGCAGCCCUUCCGACUGCCGGAAUCCCCCAAAGCAUCGCUCCCUCUUGGUCGAUCUUGAUGCUCGCUUUUGGCCGAGAUCCGCAGAUCGGAUGCGCUGGAUUCGCAGUCUGCUUAGGAGGCUAGGUUUUAUUAUCCUUGGAGCUAACUGGAACGGGAGGUCGGAGUCGCUGGGUUCUUGUUGAAUUAGGAGAGGAUGAGUAGCAAGAAGCAGGACGAGAGGAAUGAGAAGAUCAUCAGAGGUCUCCUCAAGCUUCCUCCCAACAGGAAGUGCAUCAACUGCAACAGUCUGGGUCCACAGUACGUUUGCGUCAAUUUUUGGACUUUCAUCUGCGUGACUUGCAGCGGAAUACAUCGUGAGUUUACUCACCGUGUGAAAUCGAUAUCUAUGGCAAAAUUUACUUCUCAAGAAGUUGAGGCUCUACAAAAAGGAGGCAAUCAGCGUGCCAGAGAGAUAUUCUUGAAGGAUUGGGAUACAGAAAAAAUGAGGUUGCCUAGUAGCAGCAACCUUGAUAAGUUGAGAGAAUUCAUCAAAUAUGUUUAUGUGGAAAAGAAGUAUGCUGGUGGGAUAUCCUCUGACAAGCCACCAAGAGACAUGCAGACCCACAAGAACCAUGAAGAUCACAGGAGAGCCAGUUCUUAUCAUUCCUUCUCACAGAGCCCACCUUAUGAUGGUCAAUAUGAAGAAAGAUGCAAUGGCAAAAUGUCUGGGAUGCUGGCAAGAAAACCUGGUUCAGAUCGUAGUCUGUAUGAAGGCAAGAUUUCCAGCUUCAUGUUCAGUCCAGGUCACCAAGCAAAGCAGUUGUAUGAGGAUAGAUUUGCUAACGAGACUCCUAAUUCAAGGAAUUCAGACUACUCCAUUACUAGUGGAGGAGGUUCAUCUAUAUUUUAUGGCCAGUCACCAAAUCUGCAGGACACUGAUAAUAGCAGUCCUCCUUUACAUCAAGUAAGAAAUAUUUUGAUUGAAGAUACACGACCCUCAGUGUCGAAUACAUAUGCUGAUGCAAAUAUCAAGAAGAAUUUUAAUGGGUUCCCACAUUCACAGAGGACUGCAUCAUCAAGUAGCUUCGGAUCCUUUGACAGUAACUCUGCAUCUUUGACACCAUCUAGUUCAAGUAACAUAAUUGAUCUUGUUCUCGAGUCAGAGAACUCAUCUCCAGUCAAGCAUCCAGAUAUAUCUGUAACUCCCUCUGUGAUGCAAGACUCUGCUCCUACGCAUGCAAGGAGUCAGGAUCUUUUUGGUCUACCAGUUAUGAAACAACCAAUUCCUUCUUCAAAUUUAUUAACAGAUGUAUUUGCUGUUAACCAUCAACGUUUGUCUCCUGUCCCUUCAGAAGAAAAAGAAUUGACCAAAUCAUUCUCUGAUAGUGUCGGGUGGGCCACAUUUGACUUACCUCCUCAAGCAAAUCCUGCUUCUGAACAGAAGGACCCUACUUCUGUGGUUUCUCAGGCUAUAAAGCAUCAAUUUCCACAAAAUGCAGCUCAGGACCUUUUUUUCCUUUUUGCUGACCAGCAUAAUGAAAUUAUACCAUCAUCAGAAACAGAUAAAAGUUCUCAGACCUGGGAUGCAUUUGGUUUUUCUGAUGGAAAUUUUCAACCAACAUCAUCCGACAAACUAUUGCAGACCAAUGAAGCAAAAGUUCUGGUGCACAAUCCUCCUGCAACUGGGGUUCUAUAUUCCAGUUUACAAUAUCAAGAGGUACCUGUCGAGGUUGGUUCACAAAAUUUCAGCACAGAUGAAUUUUCGGCUCUUAAUGUACCAUAUGAUGGCUCAUCUGGAUCUUCAUUUUUCUCAGUUCCAUUCUUGAAGGGAGGGACUACUCAAGAACAGAAAUCAACAAAUCCAUUUGAUCUUCCAUAUGAUUCAGAUGUAGACAAAGAUAAUUUGUGUGUUGCUUUUCUUUGCAGUUUCCAGACAUGCACUCAUUGCAAACUGCAUUGCCAAAUCAACUUUUGCCUACAAAUUUACUUGGUGGACAGCCCCAAACAUGGUUUUCACAGAAUUCAGUUGCAGCUUGCGUUAUGCCUGUACCUCAAGGAAGCCUAGCAUACAAUGCAGGGCAGGUACCAAGCUCUCAAUUGCGGGACUUAACUUCACAAGGUCCUGUUGCAUCCUUUGGUGGAAACCCUUUUGCUUAGAGAACUGCUCGAUCAGUUUGUCUGCCAAGGGUAUACCUACUGGUGGGAUUCGACAUGUUUAUACGUUGCGUCGUAGCCUGUAAUCGAGGGCACAUGUACUGAUAUUCUCUUCUGAACCUUGUGCUACAGCCACAUCUGGAGGGUUAUACAACAUAUGCAAUCUGGCAUGUUUCAUAUAUAUAUGUGCUGGCUUGAAAGAUUUCCCGAGUGGAAAUAGGUAAGUUUUAUGGACUUAAGGAGAUGAUAUUUUGGGUAUAUGUUUGAUAUAUGUUCGAACAAUGUUAACUGUUUUGUGGUUGCAUGUUGUUUGUUCCUUUUAUUGGCCUCAGAUUUAUCAGAGCUUUGGCAAUUAUGUUAACCUGGUACUAGGGGUUUAAAGAACUGUUGAUGCUUUAACCCGAUUUGCUGCAACUAGUUAAUUGUACCAUAUUUAUUUGUUGAGAUCUUGUCAUUCCAGAAGAGUGUUUGUAAUUCGUUUGUUUAUCUUUCGUUAGUAUGACGUUCUCAGAUGUAACAUUGACUUUGCCGCUUGCUUUUGUGUUUAAAGAACGUGAUAGUUGCGACUGUUCCGUA